ACGAGCAUCAGGAAGAGCUGAAAUCUGCCAAUUAAAGAGGACAGUGAGAACACGAGUGAUCCAGAACCCUGCAGAAUGAAACACACUGAAGAUCCUGAAGAACAAAGAGAACUGAGUGAAGUGAAGGAGGAGAGAGAAGAACUGAGUGAAGUGGAGGAGGAACAUCAUGUCAAGCCUGGAGAAAAACCUUUGAGUCGCUCAAAGACUAAAAAGACAUUUUUAAAGAAAACAAAAGCCAAGAAAUCUUUCACCUGCACUCAGUGUGGAAACAGUUUCACAACCAAACCAAGUCUCCAGAUUCACAUGAGAGUUCAUACAGGCGAGAAGCCGCACACGUGCGAUCAGUGCGGGACGAGCUUCACACGAAAACAACACCUUCAAGGACACAUGAGAAUCCACACUGGAGAAAAGCCGUAUGCAUGUGAUCAGUGCGAAAAGAGUUACUCAAACAAACAAUGUCUUGACCUUCACAAAAGAAUCCACACUGGAAAGAAACCAUUCAUGUGUGAUCAGUGUGAAAAGAGAUUCUCAAACAAAAAAUAUCUUGAGCGUCACAUGAGAGUUCACACUGGAGAGAAGCCGCACACGUGUGAUCAGUGCGGGACGAGCUUCACACAAAAACAUAAUCUUAUUAUUCACAUGAGGAUCCACACUGGAGAAAAGCCGUACUCAUGUGAUCAGUGUGGAAAAUUUUUUGCUCAAUCAUCAUCCCUUAAUGUUCACAUGAGGAUCCACACCGGAGAGAAAUCUUUCACCUGCACUCAUUGUGGAAAGAGUUUUACAACCAAACAUAGUCUUGAGCGUCACAUGAUGGUUCAUACUGGAGAGAAGCCGUUCGCCUGUGAUCAGUGCGAGAAGAGGUUUCCAUACAGAGAAAGUCUUAAUUUGCACAUGAUAGUUCAUACUGAAGAGAAGCCGUUCGCCUGUGAUCAGUGCGAGAAGAGGUUUCCAUACAGAGGAAGUCUUAAUUUUCACAUGAAGAUCCACACUGGAGUGAAGCCGUUCGCCUGUGAUCGGUGUUGGAAGAGCUUCAGAACCAAACAACGUCUUGAGAUUCACAUGAGAGUUCAUACAGGCGAGAAGCCGCACACGUGUGAUCAGUGCGGGACGAGCUUCACACAAAAACAACACCUUCAAGGACACAUGAGGAUCCACACUGGAGAGAAGCCGUAUGCAUGUGAUCAGUGCGAAAAGAGUUACUCAGACAAACAAAGUCUUGACUUUCAUACAAGAACCCACACUGGAGAGAAACCAUUCAUGUGUGAUCAGUGUGAAAAGAGAUUCUCAAACAAAAAAUAUCUUAAGCUUCACAUGAGAGUUCACACCGGAGAGAAGCCGUUCACAUGUGAUCAGUGCGGGACGAGCUUUACACAAAAAAAUAAUCUUAAUAUGCACAUGAGGAUCCACACUGGAGAAAAGCCGUUCUCAUGUGAUCAGUGUGGGAAAUGUUUUGCUCAAUCAACAUCCCUUAAUCUUCACAUGAGGAUCCACACCGGAAAGAAGCCGUUCACAUGUGAUCAAUGUGGCAAAACAUUUCAAUGGGCAUCAAACCUGAGGAGACACCUGGGAGUUCAUAUGAAGGAGAAGCCGCAUUCAUGUUCUGUGUGUGGAAAGAGUUUUUCAUGGCUGCCAACUUUACGUAAACAUGAGAAAACUCACACUGUUGUGAGAGAGUACAUGUGCUUUGAGUGUGAGAAGACUUUUACUACAGCGGACGGUUUAAAAAAACACCAGAUGAUCCACACUGGAGAAAAACCUUACAAGUGUUCACACUGUGACAAGAGAUUUAAUCGGUCAGAAUCUCUGAAAACACAUGAGAGGAUCCACACUGGAGAAAAACCUUACAAGUGUUCACACUGUGAAAAGAGAUUCAAUCAGUCAUCAUCUCUGAAAACACAUGAGAGGAUCCACACCGGAGAGAAGCCACACACGUGUGAUCAGUGUGGAAAGAGUUUCACUUUAAAAGCUCACCUGAAGCUACACAUGAAGAUCCACUCAGUGAAGGGAUGUGCAGAGAGUUCCUCAAGGGCAGGGGUUCAAAUGUAA